AUGUCUUCCUCCGAGGCCGAAGUUGAUAUCAGCGUGGUCUCCAGUCCAGAGCCGAGCCCUCUGGGCGCUGCCGCCCGCGACAGUCCGAUGCUGGCCCGCUCGCCAGCCCGCUCCGCCGACGGCAGUUCACCGCCGGCCACGCCCACGCACCGCUCCAAUACCCCAAACACGGCCGCCGGUACGCCCACCACCUCGACCUCAACUUCCGGCGGCACCCACUUCCAUCACAGCCCCAACGGUGGUGCUGUGCCGCCGGCUGUGUUGCACCAUCACCUGCAGCAUCACUUGAGCACACUGGGCCAUCCGGUGGCGCUGCACCAUGCUCUCCACAGCUUUGGACACUUGCAUCCCGCUCACGGGGCCACGCAUCCCGCCCUGCUGCAGCACGCCCUCACGCCCACCAGCCAGCAGCAAUCACAGUUGCAGCAGCAGCAGUUGCAGGCGCAACAGCAGCAACAGCUUCAGCAGCACGGAGAGCGCCUGAGUCCGCCGCCCAAGAGUCCCGAGCGGAACGGCGGCGAGGAGCUGCACGGCCACAACAUCAACUUGAACAACAACAACAGCAAGGCUUUGAAUCACAACAACACCUGUGCCACAGCGGCGGCAGCAGCUGCAGCGGCUGCGGUGGCAGCGGCCAACCUGAGCGCCAAUAGCAAUGACAGUAACGGGAGCAGCGGUGGGGGCGGUGGCAAGGCCACCACCGGCUCCAACGGCUUCACCAGCUUCUCCAUCUCGAGUAUUCUGAGUCGCAGCGAGCCGGCGAAGAAGAAUGGAGCCGCGGCGCUGAUAACGCCGAUACCGCAGUUGCCACAGCCAGGACCCGGAGGGCCACAGGAUGCAGCCAUGUUGUCCAGACUCGGCUUCAUUUCGCAGUGGGGAGCGCUUGCGGGUCGCUAUGCCGCCCUGUGUCCGCCCGGAUGGCCCUGGGCCCCCCAGCGGCUGCCCUUCCAUAGUCCCACUCAUGACAGUUCCUCGACGAACACAACGGAGAAUCCGCCUUCGCCCACUUCCAUGAGUCCCAACAACAACAACAACACAAGCAGCACUGCCAACAACAAUGCCAGUCAGGCCAGCAAGUCGCCCUCUCACCACCCCCUGCAUCCCCUGUACCAUCCCCACCAUCAGCAGCAACAGCAACAACAACAACAGCAGACACCACAGCAGCAGCAGCAGCAACAGCAUCCACAGCAGCAACAGCAUCCACACCAGCCCACCACGCCCACCAGCAGCAGCAGCAGCGGCGGCGGCAGCGCCCACCAUCCGCACUCGCAUCCGCAUCUGGCCGGCUCACAUGGCGGAUACUUGCUGCCCGGCAGCUCCAACGAGUCGGACGAGGAGGGUGAGGAGAUCAUCGAGGAGGAUGACGGCACCGACGGACCCUCGGACAGCUCAUCGCCGCACGGCGACGGCAAUGGGUCGAAGCGUAAGAAGAAGACCCGCACGGUGUUCUCGCGGGCUCAGGUCUUCCAGCUGGAGUCCACCUUCGAUCUGAAGCGCUACCUCAGCUCCUCGGAGCGGGCGGGUCUGGCGGCCUCCCUCCGUUUGACCGAGACACAGGUGAAGAUCUGGUUCCAGAACCGGAGGAACAAGUGGAAGCGACAGUUGGCCGCCGAACUGGAGGCUGCCAACAUGGCCAACAUGGCGCAUGCGGCCCAGCGAUUGGUGCGAGUGCCGGUGCUCUACCAUGAUGGAACCACGGCCGGAUUUGUGCCACCUCCGCCACCACACCACCAUCCGAUGCAAUACUAUGCGGCGGCUGCGGCCCGCAACACCAGCCCACCGCGACCGCCGCUUUCGUCGCUGGUAUAG